AAAAAGAAAGGCAAGAAAGGCAAAGGUACCCCGAUUGUCGACGGGCUCGCUCCAGAGGAUCUGAACAAAGAGCAGGUGGAGGAGCAUAUCGGCCGCAUCCGAGAGGAGCUGGACCGGGAGCGAGAGGAACGCAACUACUUUCAGUUGGAGCGGGAUAAGAUCCACACGUUCUGGGAGAUCACACGGAGGCAGCUGGAGGAGAAAAAAGCUGAACUACGCACCAAGGACCGGGAGAUGGAGGAGGCGGAGGAACGGCACCAAGUGGAGAUCAAGGUUUACAAGCAGAAGGUGAAGCACCUACUGUAUGAGCACCAGAACAACCUGACUGAGAUGAAGGCGGAGGGCACUGUCAUCAUGAAGCUGGCCCAGAAGGAGCACCGCUCGCAGGAGGGCGCGCUGCGCAAGGACAUGCGGGCACUGAAGGUGGAGCUCAAGGAGCAGGAGCUGGCCAAUGAGGUGGUGGUGAAGAGCCUGCGCCUGAAACACACUGAAGACAUCACCAAGAUGCGCAGCGACUUUGAGAGGCAAGUUCGAGAGAUUGAGGCCAAGUAUGAUAAGAAGAUGAAGAUAUUGAGGGAUGAGAUGGACCUGCGGAGAAAGACAGAGAUCCACGAGGUGGAGAAGAGGAAGAGCGGGCAGAUCCACAUGCUGAUGCAGCGGCAUGAGGAGGCCUUCACCGACAUCAAGAACUACUACAAUGACAUCACUCUCAACAACCUGGCCCUCAUCAACUCGCUCAAGGAGCAGAUGGAGGACAUGCGGAAGAAGGAGGAGCAUCUGGAGAAGGAGAUGGCAGAGGUGACCAUGCAGAACAAGCGCCUGGCAGAUCCGCUGCAGCGGGCGCGCGAGGACAUGAACGAGAUGCAGCGGAAGCUCACGCACUAUGAGCAUGACAAGCAGAUCUUGACAUGCACAAAGGCUCGUCUGAAAGUCACUGAGAAAGAGUUGAAGGACCUGCAGUGGGAACAUGAGGUGCUGGAGCAGCGGUUCCUCAAGGUACAGCAAGAGCGGGACCAGCUGUACCAGAAGUUCACAGCUGCCAUCCAGGAGGUGCAGCAGAAGACGGGCUUCAAGAACCUUGUUCUGGAGAGGAAGCUGCAGGCGUUGAGCACUGCUGUGGAGCAGAAAGAGGCACAGCUCAACGAGGUGCUGGCCACCUCCAGUCUGGACCCUGCAGCCUUGACCGUUGUGUCCCGCAAGCUCGAGGAUGUCCUGGAAUCAAAGAACACCACCAUCAAGGACCUUCAGUAUGAGCUGGCCCGAGUGUGCAAGGCACACAACGACCUACUGCGCACUUACGAGGCCAAGCUCCUGGCCUUUGGAAUCCCCCUGGACAAUGUUGGCUUUAGGCCCCUGGAGACAGCUAUUGUUGGGCAGAUGCUGGGCCAGGGCCCAGCUGGGCUGGUGGCCACCCCAACGUAA